CUCACAAAUUUGGGCAACAAAGUUCACAUUAUUACAUGGCAAAAUACGGUAUGCUAGGAAAGACAUUAUAGGGUCAUUUGUACCACUUGUGUAUCUUUUCUCUGAGUUUGAAAUUAUUUUCAAAUAAAGUCUUUGAAACCACUUGAAGGGAAAGUACACGGAAUAGAGUGCAUAACAACAGAAAUGAUAUUACGGGGGGGGGGGAUGUGGAUUUUAAGAGCCAAAUGAAAAUUCUAACCGUGAGAAGACUGCAAUGUAUCCGACAGAGCGUGCCCCUCACCAAGGGUGUGUCUGAGGUUUCGGUGUGGUUGGCUUUAUGCAUUCUUGGGAGGCUGCCACAGAUGAGAGGUGCCCCCAGUGCCACACACACCAGGUGCACACGAUGGCCUUACGUGUUAUUAGUGAUGCUAGCCUCGAUCUCAGGGCGAAGGUGGGGCUGCCAGAGUUCUCCGCCCGGACGCUUGCUGGCUUUCCCUUUGUAAUGUCCUAAGUGUUUUGCAGGAGGGACUUUGAGAUUGUGCAAAUAUUGUUUCUGUUUAAACCACUUUCACCCACUGGUGGGUCUUGCCUGCAGCGACUAUUACUGCGUUGACCUAAUGGUGAUUUUCUAUUUCCCUCAUUCCUCCCACUGGUAUUAGUCGCGAUUCUGCAGCUAUGAUUUGCUGGUCCUCGUUCCCAAAUACGUGCAGCUGUGCUGUCCGGUGUGGCCAAGUCUCCCCAUUUCGCUGUUGCCUCACACCGGUCUUCCUGGCCCCGUGGGCAUUUGCAGGCGUCGCCCGGCCCUUCCCAGCUCUGCCCGGCUGCUGCCCUCCUCCCACCGCGUCCGACGCCACCGCGGCUUUCCUCUCCGCGGGCCGGGUGGGCGGGCGGCACGCAGGAUCGGGCCGGCACCGGGGCGCGCGGGAGCCACCUGUUGACACAGCGUGGGUAACCCAGGCGGUCAAUUAUUAACCGGCCGCGCAGCCGGCACCAGGAAACCCGAGCCGGCGGCGAAAGCGGAGCCGGGUCCGACGGCGGCGGGAGGCGCCGGGCGCAGGUAGCCGCGCCGCCCUGCUCGCCCCGCCGCCGGCCCGCGCCAUGGACGCAGAUUCUUCAAGGACCCAGCUUGGAGAGGCUCCAGCACAGGCUCUCAGCCCCAGCUCCACGAUGCCCACAGGAGCGGACACAAAAGGGGGCAGUGGCCCCCCAGCCCCUGAGGACCCCCGGAGCCCAAAGCUCCCGCAGCUGCCACAGCUCCCGCGCCGCCCACGGCUCCUGGAUGAGGAUGAAGUGCCCAGUGAGGAAGCGGUCACGGAUGGGGGCAGAGCCCCGUCACAGGAGGACCCCCCGGCCGACUCCCAGGCCGAGGCCUCGGCGGCACCCUCUGCCCAGGCCCAGGCUGCGGGCGAGGCUAGGCAGGGGCCCAAGGUGGUGGCUGGUGGCGUCCCCAACAUCGGUUUCGUGGGUGAACCCCCACCCUACGCGCCACCCGACCCCAAGGCGGUGCACCUGCUCUACCCGCCCUUCCCACAGGGGCCGGUGCUCUUCCAGCCCGGGCCCUCGCCCCAGGCCCUGUACCCGCCGUCCACCACGCCCAUCUACCCUGCGUCAGCCCCCACGCCGCUCUUCGCAUCCUUCCCUAUGUACAACAACCCCAUGGCCGGCAUGCCAGCCCCUGCCACGGUGGAGCACAGGCCCCUGCCCAAGGACUACAUGAUGGAAUCGGUGCUGGUGACCCUCUUCUGCUGCCUGCUCACCGGGCUCAUUGCCAUUGUCUACUCCCAUGAGACCCGCGCGGCCCUGAGCAGGGGAGACCUGGCCCAGGCUGAGGCAGCUUCUCGGAAGGCCCGCUCGCUCGUCCUCUUCAGCCUCCUCUUCGGGGUCUUUGUGUCCACCAGCUGGGUCGUCUACGUGGUCGUGGCUCUCUACCUCCCUUGAGGGCUGGGGCUCCUUCGGGACGCCAGGACACCCUGCCCGGGACGCCCGACCUGGCCAGACUCUUUCUGUGGACUUGGAUCCCUGCUGGUGGCCAUCUGUUGCCUAAGGAGAGGACCCAGGGGCAGAAGAGGGGGGAUUUGCAGCCCUCAGCACACCUGUGGCUGGGCGUCAGCCCCUGCGGGUGGCCUCGGGCAAUGUCCUGAUCUGAGGUGGCCCCACAGCCCAGGCCUAGCUGUGGGCUAGGGGCCCCCUGGAGCCCCAUUUCUGUGGUGCCUCCUCCUGAGGCCUUCCCGGGCCUGUGCUGGCCUGCCCCGUGGGUGGCCCUUGCCUUCACCUCACCCCUGGGAGGCCAUCAGCGGGAGCAGUGCCCUCUCUGUCCUCAGAGCAGUCAGGAGGGACACUGCAAACGCCGGCGUCCCCCCACUCCCCAGCCUAGCGCAGUGAUUGCAGGGCAGAGCUGCCCGUCUCCUUUCCCUGCGGUGCUGCUGGCGGGGCCUCCCGCAUCCUCGGUAGCGCCGGGCUGGUUGCCUUGCACCCCUGCUCCAUCCCAGGACCAGCUCUCUCACGCUGGCCCCACGUCCAGAAGCCGAGGCCACUACGUCUGGUCAACAAACCCUGGGCAGAGCUUCACAGGGCGACGUCCCAGCUCCCUCGCCUGCCCCUGAGAUGCCCACGCGCACGCAGCUCUGGCAGCCCCUCCGAGACGCGAUGCGAAGCCGCCUCUCCCCGGGCCGCUCCCCGGGCCUGCGUUACCAGCAGCGUCUCCCCCUUCGCUGCAUCCCGGCUUCGCGUCUGCGUCUUUCCUCCGGUCUUCCAGCUCUGCCCGCUGCCAUCUGCCUUUUCCGCUUCCUCCCUGCCCCUAGCUUUACUGCCCAAAGAUGGAGGCUCAGUUGGGUCCCCAUGUAGAGAGGGCCACCCCGAGGAUGGGGAGCAGUCACGCGGGUCAUUCCAGAGGCUGCUGGAUGGCCUCCGGAGCCCUCGGUCAGACGCCUGGCGCCCCAGUCGGGGCCGCCGUGGGCCUGAGAACGGCCCUCCGUUUUAACAAGGUUCAAAACCAUCUGCAGAGGAAGGGAGCUUCCAGCAGGCGGCACUGCAACCGACAGCAACUCGGCCCCAAGGAGUCCUUGCCUUCAGAGUUUCUCAAGGAAGCUGGGUUUUCCUCAUCUCUAAAAUGGGGCACAACCUGCCCCCUGGAGGCAUGGGGUCUCAGUGAGAGGACCCCCGUGGGUGUUCAUAGCAGUGCCCGGCUGUGGGGAGCACGCGGGAACGCAGCUGCCAGGCGCUGAUGCUGGGGGUUCCUGUAGGGUCUUCCACAGCCAAAGGGGGUGGGAGAGCAGGGAGGGAGGGUCUUACCGUGAGCUUCAGGGCCGCCAGGAACCUCCCAACCAGCAGAGAGGGGAACCCUGGAGAGGGGCCCAGAGCUUUCACCAGGUUCUCAAAGGGGCCUGUGACUCACCAAGAUUAAAGAGAGAGGAGAAGAGGGCCUUGGCUGAGCCAUAAAAGAGUGACAGCUCAAGUUAAAUCAGGCACCUUCUGAGCACCCACUGUGUGCUGCUCUAAGCCUUGGCACCGGCUCCCAGAGCUGAGGAAGAACAUCCCAGCUCAGCCCUCGGGCUGCUCUGGGGAGCUGCAGAGACACGGAUGAGGGAGUAAGGGAUGAGCUGCUUGCAGGUGGACGGGAGGCCUCCUGUUCUAGGAUGCAGGGCUGGCCCAGAAUUAGGAUGUCAAAAACUAAAACGCAUGAUAGCCACGAAAAGGGAGGAAAUAAUUUUUUAGGCAUCAGUAGAAGCCAAAAGGUUUUGGGAGACUCCAACAGCCACAGACAUUCUUACCAAACUCUUAAGUAAAGUCAGACUAGAAAGACAUCAUAUAGACUUCCUUAAACUCUGUAGAUGGAACACCUAGGAAAUCUUGUUAAAAUGCAGGUUCUGAUUCAAUACGUGGGGUCUCAAUUCUGCGUUUCUAAUGAGCUCCCAGUACAUGGACCAAUAGCAAAUGGCACAUUUGAGUGCGGAAUUAGUAAAACCACUCAAAACUAUUAUAACCAGGAUCAACCCAAGGAGGCUCCCUACCGUUUCUAUCAUUCAACACUGUUUUAAGGUUUUAGCCAA